AUGUCAUCUCCAACCUCGCCGAGUCGCAAACGCGCUCACUCUGACAUCUCGAACCCCGACCCCAGCGACAAGCAAACAAGCAACAAGAAGGCGAGAAAUGAAGACUCGCCACCCCGUGAGAAGACUGAGAGCCCAAUCAAGUCUGCCGGUAGUGUGCAUCGCGUGGAUUCUGCAGAGGUACUCGAGUCGUCAGCUCAGGCGCCUCCGCCCAAGAACGCUGCUGCUGCCCCUGCACCUAAAGGUCUCGCCGUAGUCGUGAAGAAGGCGGCAGUCAAGAAGACUACUGCCACUCGCAAUGGAACCGAUGACAAGCUCAAGCGACUCGAAGCUGAGCUCGAGAAGGCGCGCCCCGAAAACACCAAACUCAAGGAGAAGGUCGAGGGCUACGAGCAGAAAAGUAACACGCCGCAGCCAUGGACCCAGAUCGACGAGGACAGGCUCAUGGCCGCGAAGCAAGGUAGAACCGUACCGCCACAGAUCCAUCCAGCUCAGUCCCAGCAAAAGAUCCAAGAACUCGAGAAGAAGAUUACUGCACAGGACGACAUGAUCAAGAAUCAGGCAGCGAAGAUCAGAGAGAUGGUCGUCGCCCAGAAGGACUUCACGGAGCGCUUCAAUGUUGCUAAUGGCGCAGAGCUGAGGGUGAUCCUGAAGGCCAAGGAUGCACAGAUGGCCAGCGACGCAGCUGCACUCGCAGAGAUCGAGAAGCGCGUCAAGCAGCAGGACGAGCAGUUGGAGACUUUGCUCCUCGACAAGAGUCUGCAGGACCAGAGAAUAAAGACACGCGAUGCAGACAUCAACGAUGGAGUCCGACUGAGGAAGUUGAUGAGCCGUCAGCUCGACGAGAAGAACGACGAAGCCAAGAAGGCAAACGAAGAGCGCGCGAAGACGAUGGCUGUCAACGUCGACCUCGAGAAGUCAGUCAAGGCGGUGUUCGAGGCGAAGGCUGGCUACAAGAAGACCAUCGCCAACCUUGAGGAGCACAACAAAGACAUGAAGAAGGCGCUCCAGAAGAAGGACGGGCAGCUGAAGAGCAUCGGUGAGCGCUGUGCGAAGCGAGUCAGCUUCAUCGCCCAGACUAAGCAAGUCCUACGAUGCAACAACAUCGACUUGCCUAAGCCUCUUCCUGGCAUGGAGUUCUCGGACUGGAAGGAUGACAAGGGCCCCGAGGAGGCUGUCAAGGUCUUCAUGGGUGGAAAGUAG